AUGUCAGAAGUGGACAUCAGCUCCGAGAUCACCACCAAAGACUUAAAGGAGAAGAAGGAAGCUGUGGAGGAGGCAGAGAAUGGAAGAGACACACCUGCUAAUGGGAACGCUAAUGAGGAAAAUGGGGAGCAGGAAGUGGACAAUGAGGUAAAUGAAAAAGAGGUAGAAGGUGGGGAGGAAGAGGAGGAGGAGGAAGAAGGUGACGAUGAGGAAGAUGAAGAUGAGGAGGUGGAGGCAGCUGAAGAUGAUGAGGAGGACGAUGUGGACUCCAAGAAGCAGAAGACUGAUGAGGAUGACUAGACAGCAAAAAAGGAAACGUUAACCUAAC